GCAUGUGACUGUGUAAGACAAAGGUAUCUGGGGAUGACACUCCUGUGGAUUUGAUCUGCUAAACUUCCUGCUUUUGCUCCUGCUGCUGUCAGAUGCUUCACGUCUUGUCAUCCUCCGUUCACAGGGGCUCUCCCUUGUCUCUUAUUAUAUAUUAGUUUAUUGCUUGUGGGACUAUGGCAUUGUGAAUUCCUAAUGCGGUGCCGCCGCCGUCUCACUACUUAUUUGCAGCUGCUUUCUUUUGCAUACAUUUUUCAAUCUCUUUUUGUCAUCACCAGGGAAAGUCUGUAUGUUUAAUGCACCAGGAGGGAGGUUUAUGCAACUUUACAGUAAUGUGGUAAAGGGUUUUUACUAUGCCGGACACUUGUUUGCAAAAUGAAAGGGUAGACGGAAGAGAGGAGGCUGUUUGGCUUCUGGUGGAAUUAUCUCUCGUCUUUCUCUGCAAGCAGUAAAAGCAAUCCAGCCAGAAGACUACUGUUAAGCAUGCUUAAUUUCUGGAGAGAAAGGCAUUACAAUCAAGAACACCAACUGAGCAAGAAGCUUGGAUCUGUUAUAAACUAGCAAUUUCUCAAGGAAAUUGCACAAAGCUGUGCCGUGUUUUUUUUUAAGGAAAGGGGUGGAGAGAAGAGGAGGGGAUGAUUUGAUUAGAGAGCGUGCAGGAAAGAAGAUUGCCUCCUGAUGCUGCUUCACAUGCAGUGCUCCUUGGUGCCUGAAAUCGUAGAGAAUCAAGAGGCAUGGACUUUCAGAGGUGCACAAGAGCAUCGUCUCAAGGCUACUGAAUUGGAUGCUUUAGCUUUUGUUUACCUGCUGCCUGUGACCAUGCGAAUGCCAGUGAAAAGCCAGCCUCCCCAUUCCAUUCCUCCUCCUACUCCUUCCUCCUCUCUUUAACCAUCUUCUUCAUCCAGAUUUUUCAGCUCUCUUGCUAAAGAGAAGCAGGCACUGUCUGGUGUGUGGGUGGCACCGAGGAGCCAAGCUUAGCCCCCCUCACUGAGCUUUGCCCUGCCACCAAGCAUUGAUGCCAGUUUCUUCAGUGGAAGAGGUGAGAGAAAGCUGCAAAAGAAGUUCUUUUUGAAACAUACCAACACUUUAGCUGUGUAUCUCUCUUUUACCUAUAUGUAUGUAUAAAUAUCUAUAUACUUACAUAUAUUGUCUGUGUACUUCAAAUGUUCACUGCUCCAGUUAAAGGAGACAUCUGUGGGUUCUCAUAUUCCAUUCUCUUCUCUCCCACUUCACCACUGGUUCUCUAAAGUGAUCCGGCACAGAGAAAAGGGGGAUGCAUCCCAUUCUCCAGAGGGGCUAAGCCCCUUUACUUAUUUCUCUGUGUCUUCCACAGACUAUCUUUUUUUUCUGGGCUCUUUCAAGCCUGGUGGGGUGUCCCACCACAACUUCCUGCCAGCCCCUCCCUCUCCGAGGUCCCUUGCCCGGUAAGGGUGCACGGGAGGUGGCAUGGCAGCAGCUAUUGCAAGUGGACUGAUCCGUCAAAAGCGGCAGGCAAGGGAGCAGCACUUGGACCGUCCUUCAGCCAGCAAGAGGCGUAGUAGCCCGAGCAAAAAUCGAGGCCUUUGCAAUGGCAACCUGGUGGAUAUCUUCUCCAAAGUGCGAAUCUUUGGCCUCAGGAAAAGAAGACUCAGACGGCAAGAUCCCCAGCUCAAGGGCAUAGUGACCAGGUUAUAUUGCCGGCAAGGAUACUACUUGCAAAUGCACCCAGAUGGAACUCUUGAUGGAACCAAGGAUGACAGCAGCAAUUCUACAUUAUUCAACCUCAUACCAGUGGGUCUUCGUGUUGUUGCAAUCCAAGGUGUAAAAACAGGGUUAUAUAUAGCAAUGAACGGAGAGGGUUACCUGUACACAUCAGAACUUUUUACACUGGAAUGCAAGUUUAAAGAAUCUGUUUUUGAGAACUAUUAUGUCAUCUACUCAUCUAUGAUAUACAGACAACAAGAAUCUGGUAGGGCCUGGUUUCUAGGGCUUAACAAAGAAGGACAAGUUAUGAAAGGUAACAGAGUCAAGAAAACAAAACCAGCAGCUCAUUUUCUACCCAAGCCAUUGGAAGUUGCCAUGUACAGAGAACCUUCCUUGCAUGAUGUUGGAGAGACAGUGCCGAAGGCCCGUGUGACACCAAGUAAAAGCACAAGUGCAUCUGCAAUAAUGAAUGGGGGCAAACCAGUCACUAAGAGUAAGACAUCAUAGCCAGACCCCCCAAGGUUGUUGAGACUUACUGAGCCCUUGGCACACAUGAGCAUUUAUCCACGCCAGACUGUCCACACUCCAGUGUUUGUAGACAAAAAGUGAACUACGCACUGGCUCUUUGCUGUUUCGGAACCAACGUGUUGAAGAUGGAUAAAACUCAGUGUGUAUCUCCUCCCUCCACAAGAAGACACCUGGGGAACCAACUAAACUCAGACCAUGGAAUGCCCUACCAGAUAUGGAAUGCCUUUUUAAUAUCUUAUCUGUGACUGUGACACUUCAUGUGAAUGACAUACUUCACAAGUACACUUGAUACCUUGCCUGCUGCCAACUUCCCUUACCCCCUUUUGAGUCCAAUUACGGUGAAAUCCAUAUGUUUAAGUUCUAUUUUGUAGCACACAAAUAUUAAGUAAUUUCUAGUUAGACGCUGUAAAACUGCGCUAUAAUGGAUUUCUCUAACCUUUUUUACAAGGCUGCUUGCAACAAUGUCUGUGACCUUUUGCAGGGAUUGCGUUCCUCUAGAACUUGAAUGUUUCAGGUGGCUUAGUUCUGAAAGUAAUCAGGGAAUCAGGAAGCCUUUAAAAAGCUAUUCUAAACCAUGUCUAUAAAGAGUAGGACAUCUAUUGUGGUCAAGUGUGGCAACAGGUUUCACGCUCUGCAGGUUGGCGAUAAAUACUAGAGGGAAAUAUGUCAAACACACCCAGUGGGAAGUAGGUUGCGACUAGUGUUUGACACUCCCUAUACUUUCCUUUUUGUGUGUGUUUUAUACAUAUCACAGGCUUGCUGGUAAUGGUAACAUUUGCCUUAGCCAGUAAGCGAGACCCACUUGUUUUUUAAGAUGGUGGGUCCAUAGAACUCUGUAGGCCUUGUAGGCCUGAAUUAAGGCUCAUUUUUCAUCUACGAUUCCUCAUUAUAAAUUAGAUAUAUAUAUAUAUCAAUAUGAUUAGCAAAUGUUCCGCUACCUACAGUAAUUCUCUUUUGAAAAAUGUUCUCCUUCCUGUUUUUAAUAAGUUUAAAUUAAAUUGCACCUGUAGCCCACUCACAGAGGAAGCAGAUAUUUUAUGGGCUAAGCCAAUACUCAAGAACUGAGCCUAUGGAUUCACUAGGUGCCUCAGCUGCAAGUUGCUAGUGACUUUAUAGGCCAAAUGCUGGUUCAGCUCACCAAAUGACUGUCUCAUGUUUAAGGUCAUUCCCAUCUCUUGCAGUUCCUGCAGUUUUAUUUAGCUUAGCAUGGGCACGUUGUUUGUUGUGUCCCUUUUUUGCAACAGCAAUGCAAGUUCUGUACUAACUUAGAAUAAUUUGAUAAUCCUGUUUGAUAAGACUGGACCAGUAAAUGAAGCAUUUUAGGUAAGCAUGCAAAGUCCAGUGAUGUUAAUUUCCAUACCAAAUCUUACAUAUUCCUAAUACCUUCAGGAACCAGAAUUUACAUGAUAAAGGUGCCUUGCUUAGGUUGUGGCAUAUUUUACACAAAACCACUUCAUGUGGAUCUAGAACUUUUAAGCAAACCAGAAGUCAUAAGGUGCCUACUGUAUGUCUGUCAUGUGAAGUGUUUUUUUCACAAUGGCAAUUGGUUCCUCACGUAGAAUAAGUACUACACCUUCUAGGUUGUCCAUCUUAUCUGAGUUAUCAGCAAGGUCAUUCUGUAGCAUAGGUAGGACAUGCUUCCAUGAGAAUCGCAUACAGGACCAAAAUGACCUUCACAUCUGGACACCUUAAGUGGAGCAAAUUUAUUAAUCUGUUUUUCCUUUCCUAAUUGGCAUAAACGGGUAAUCUUUCCUUUUUUUCCCCCCUCCCCCCAAACCCCUUUGCACUGUGUCUGUGAAAAACACUGUAUUAUAAAUUCUUGCCUUUCUUUACCUUUACUCAUGAUGUUCUCCACCUGUUUAUGAAACCAACAUAUUUGGCUUAUGAAAGAUUUAUUAUGUCAGUUGUCUCAUUCUGAAAUAUUUACAAUGAUUUAAAUGAGAGCUGCUCCGACUGUUCAGAAGAAAUUUGCUGUGCUGCUAGUCACAAUACACCAAGCCUAAACACCACUCUUGCAUCAUUUCAUGUGGAGAGAAUGCUUGACCCCGUCAUGAUAGUGAAGCACAUUAGCAGAGAUCCUCUUCUAUGUUCCGACUUGCUGACAUGACUAAAAAUUGCACAACAUAUUUCAAUAUAACCUGUGUGGGGCUGGUGUCCCGAUGUCAGACACACAUUCCUAGUUCAUUGUCAUUCGAGAAAACUCUAUAUGAUGGGCCAUGUGCCCAGAAAACCAGUUGACUGGUUGAAAUCAAGGCUGAAUUUAUUUUUGUAAAUGACUAAUAUGUUAUGUGUGUAAUACUUCUGUUAUCUUCUUUGAUUAUUCUGUUUAUACGGGUUGUGUAAGAGAUUUUCUUUUCUUUGUUUUCUUCUGAAUGACUGGCUUCUCUAAGCUUUAUUUUCCGUAGUGUGUUGACACAUUCGUCGUCUGUGUUCAUUUUUUUUUUUACUUUUCCUUAAUUUUUUGUCUCAUCCGUUGCAUGGGAAGAGGGUGAUGAUGAUCUGCAUGUAGUAAGCUAUGUGUAUUAAGAAACAUUGGUAUGUAUUACAAAAUGUACAUACAUACAGUAUAUGCAAAUCGUUUGUCCGCAUUGUACAGUUUAUGUGUUUAUUAUUCAUUUGUUGUAUACACACGUGCAACAUAUUUAAUAAAACGAUUUAUACAAAGAUGGAAUAAACAAUUCACCAGUUUUCAUACCUUACAGCAUUCGAAAAGGGCUUGCACCAAACAGAAUUGAAAGUUAUUCAAAGGCAAGUCAUAGAGUAUAUACUAUAAAUACUGUUUCCCAAAUCAUACCAAAGAGUGUAUUAAAAUGAUGUUUAUCCCUUAUGUUAUGUGUCUUCGGGAAGAUGUCAUUGAGUGAGAAGUCAUUAACUACAAUUGGAAAUACAAAGCAACUUCAUAAUGUAUUGUGUAUCAAAUACUAAAAGAAUUCUAUUAUUCAUUUUGUAAUUACAUAUGAUACCUUAUACUCUUCCCGCCAUGCAUGUCAUUGCACAGUUCCAGAAUGCGAAUACUUUUUGUCAUGUAUGAUUCGUACUGUAUUGUUUUAAACCCCACUCAUUGUAACAGAAGCCUCUAUUCCCUUGCAAAGAAGUUAGAAUGGGAUUAUUGGGUAGAGCUAUAGGAUUGAUAUCUGUUUGUACAAUCUUGUAACAAUGGAAUGUUAUCAUUAUACAUCAAUAAUUAUUUUCUUAUUAAACUUUUUUUUCUGAUACAAUU